UGCAAGAGCAGCUGUCAUUUCUCAGGUGCAGUCAUCCUUACACAGGGCAUACUGCCUCCUUCAAAAGCAAGUGCUGUCUCUGCUACCACAGGGGCUUUUUUGCAGUCUAACGGUGUGUCAGGGCUUUGGAGUUGGGUGUCAGACUGCAAAACGUCAUUCUGGCCAAGAGGAGCCAUUGCUGAAGUCAGAACAGUCAAAGGAGGUGGUGAAAGAGAGAGGGAGAGAGCCCCCCGCCAUGUCUGUCCAUAGCAAGAGACUGUCACUGAGCCGUAAGAGCAAAAGAAGAAAGUCUGCUGAGGAGCGGGCGCUGGAAAAUGUGUUGCAGCAGCUGGGCUUGGAGGCCCACCAGACAGAACCUUUAGGCCUGGCAUCCAUUUUGGAGAUCAGCACCUGGAAUCCUGGUGACUCACCACCCCAGGCCCCAGCUGACCUUCCCCGUGCAUUCCUUAGGCGAUUGUGGCUGCUAAGUCCAGAGACCCGCAGCCCGCUUUGUCAUGCCCUAACAGAUGCCCUAGGAGAUGCCAGUAAAGAGGACAGCCUUCCAGGCCUGGGGGAAGACUCUCAAUGCCCUGUCAACCCCCUGGACUUGGUGUCUGCUGUCUACAUGUCCUCUGACAGCCUCCUGCAUCAGGAGAUGGCUGUCCGGAUGGCACAGUGCCGGUUUGCGGUGCCGUUGGUGAUGCCCCCUAGUGGGCCUGAUGGGAAGGCUACCUUCCUACUGUGGCCCCUCCGGGCAGUGAUGAGGCAAUGGAGGCCCCACUCAGUGGCAGGAAUUGGUGGCUUACUUGAGGGAGAUAUGGCUAGCGCCCAGAUGCCUCUGUUGUCUUUUGUCAGACUGGGCCAUUGCAGUGUCUCUAAGUCUCGAGUGCUGAACCACGUCCUCAGUGGCUCUCAAGAGCCCGGUGACUACUUCCUACACCGGGGCAUGGAUGGAGGGCAACUGCCCCGUAGACUCUCAGACGGAUUAGUGGAGGUGAGCUGGUACUUGCCCUCAGGGAAUCACGACCUGGAUGUUUUCCCUGAAGCAGUGAUGGUAGCCAACCUCCGUGGGGAUGCCACCACCUCCCCCACCACCUUUGAGGCACAAGUGCAACUGCUAUGCCGUAACUCUUCUGCCCUUUUUGUGUUCUGUGGUGCUCUUGGGGAGAAAGAGCGCCACCUGCUGGCAUCCUGGAAGCACAGCACCAGCCGUAUCUUCCUCAUCAUGUGCUCAGAGAUUGAGGAGAAGGAGGAGGCAGAAAAGGAGAAAGGGGAAUCAAUGCACAAGCUGAACGAGGAGUUGAAGCUGCCAGAGGAAGCAAUGGUAUCCUGUAGCAGCCUCGGUGAUGAGGAGGAGUUGAUGAACAGGCUAAGAGAGGCAGUGAUCUGUCUGCUGCAGGACAGCCUUCGUUCAGUGUCUCUGGUGGCAGUGGCAGAAGAUGCCCACAAGCUCAACAUCACUGUGGACGAGGGAGAGACCUGCAGGAUGGCACUGACUCGGGUGGAAGAGGUUCUGAAAGGCAUUGAGGAGCAGGGAGUCAGCAAGUAUAAACAGGAGCAGCUGCCUCUCCAGGGCCAGCUGUGGAAAAGGCUCAUGCAUGUGGAGAAAGAGGAAUGCCAGCGAAAAGGAGCCAGUCUGGAGCAGCGAAAGCAGGAGCUGCAGAAAGAGAAGGAAAGCUUGUACCAGGAGCAAACAAAGUAUGAGAUGACUGCAGCUAUGAAAGACUUCAUUGGGGCCUUGUCUACCUCAAACAAGCUGGAAAGAGCCUUCUUCUUAGACUGGAUGAGAUUGAAGUUAAACACAAUGUCGGUGCAGAAACACACUCCCCCACAUCAACUCGUUACAGAGCAACGGGAGGCCACAGCAGAGGGACAAGACAGGCAAACUGGAGACCCUGACGAAAAGGUAGAGCUGGAUAAGCAAAAUCUGGACUUUGCCCUGGGGCUGGAGGAUUUCACCCGUGAGAUGGGGCUCAUCUUUGAGCUCUCACAGUUGAAUCCUGGCAAUGGCUCGAAGAGUGUUAUGCGCCUCCCAGCUCUGGCAGCCGAUCUGCUCCUAUACGGCCAACCUCUGGAGCUGCUGGAUGGUGGUGCCUCCACCAUGCCCCUCCAGUGGGUGGGCAGUGUGCUGUCCGAGGUAUACAGACGGUUGCCGCAUGACAACCAGGUGAGGGUGCUCACAGUUUUGGGCCUCCAGGCUGCAAGAAAUGCUGUGGUGCUCUCAGCCUUGCUUGGGGUGAGCUUCCAUAUUGGGAGCAGCCAACACACCAGGGGUGCUUUCAUGCUCCUGAUCAGGGUGCCGCAGAACCUGAGGAAGGAGUUAGGAUGUGACUUCUUGCUGCUCAUCAACACAGAGGGACUGCAGUGUAUGGACUUGGGGGAGUCGUUCGCUUGUGACAAUGAGCUGGCCACCAUUGUCACUGGGCUAAGCGAUAUAACUCUGGUCAACCUUCCAGCAGAGGGUGAGCCCGAGAUACACAGCACUCUAAGGAUGGUGGUGAAUGCCCUCCUGCACGUGAAAGAGAAGGGAAGGAUGCCUAUUUACAAGGUCAUGGCACAGGGUGACAAUGUGGACACUAAGUUCCUGGUUUUACAGCUGAGUCGUGUCAUUCAAAUCCUAACAGCAGGAGAGAAGAAGAUGACCACCUCCUGCCUGGAUGAUGUCCAGGAAUGCAAGGCUGAUGCCAACUACCAAUAUCUACUGGGACUCUGGCAAAAAAAUCAUCCAAUGGCGCCUGUUGCUCCUGGGUACAGCAAGGCAGUGCUGGGGCUGAAGCAGACUCUGCUAGCUACACUGCGGAAGUGUGCAACUAGUACCCCAUCAACAAGUCUCCCAGAGCUUAUGGAGCGCAUGAGCAGUAUGUGGGAGGCAGUGCAGUAUGAGAACUUCUCCUUUGGGUUAAGAGACGCAAAGGUAGCUGAAGCUUUCUGCAGCUUGUGUGUUGAGUUCUCCCACUGGGAAAGGACUUUCCGGGGGCAUAUGGAGUCUUGGGUGGAGGCAGCAGAGGAGCGCAUCUCUGCUUUUGAGGGGACGACUCCAGGAAAUGGUGGCAUCGACGGACCUCAGAGUUUAGAAGACCUGCUCAGAAGCUUGAAGGAAGAAGCAGAGGAGGAGGUGGCUUCUGAAGCUGACAAACUUCUUUCAAGCCUUGUGGAAUACUUCAAGAGAGAAGACAGCAAUCCAUCUUUAGUGCAAAACUUUAGAGCAAAUUUCAUCAACACUCUGGGUGCACUGAAGGACCAGGUGGCUCAUGAGGUGAAUGAGAAGAUAGAAACUACCACAGAGAGGCACGUUACUGCCACAAAGAUCAGAGACUUUCAGACUGUGCUAAAAGCAGCUCUGGAGGCCCAGAUGCAAUCAAUCCUGGAGCGCCAAAAGACUAACGAAGCAAUUCUUGAGGACAAGCAGCUAGAGGAAGACUUUGUUAAUGUUUGGAGUGAAACUGUAUCCAAGCUGGACCUCAAGCCUCUGGAGACUCAGGACAUAACCAGUAGGGUUAUCGAACAACUUAAGGAGAAUCUUGCUAACCGUGGCAUCAAAAAGCAUCUGGAUAAACUGGUGAAUGUCAUCAAUGGUGGAACCUCUACCUUUGCCGUUGACGAUGAGCACUUUGGCUUUCGAAGCAGGGUGAGGCACAAAUUUUCUGAGGAUAACACAACGCAUGCUCAGAGGAUAGCAGACAGGGCAAUUGAGGACUGCAAUAAGUAUGUCUUGCAGAAAAAGUGCCUCAAGACAGAUUACUCCGACAACUACACCAAAGAGUUGCUGGAAAGAGUGGAUGAGGGUCUGGCAGCAAAGCAGUUUGAGAUUAAAUCUAAAUUUGAGGUAGAACUGAAAGUGCACAUUUGUGCUGGUGCAGCCCACUCCUUCCAGGAAAUGCACGAGAGCUUCACUAGGGAGAGAGAUCUCCUUAGGCACCUUGAGGAGACGCGGGAACAGCACUUCUGGGAAUUCCUGUACCAGUUCCGUAAGAGUGAUCAGUGCCAAAAGGCAGCCAGGGUUUUCAUUGCUUUGUGCCUCAAACCAGCAGUGCUGGAUUACAUCCACCACCCCCUAGGGAGCCUGAUACUGGAGCAGAUGCUGAGUGGUGAGGCUGCACAGCAUUACCGCUCCCACCAAAGCUUCCAUUUCAAUCUCCUGAAGGAGCUGCUGCUGGAGGACAACUUCCAGGGCUUCUUGGACUACCUCCUGGGCUAUGACAGCUUCAUCAGGAGGAGGAUCCAGGACCACGUGGUGGCACACGUCUCCAAAACAGCCUUGCUGGAGGACUGGCGGCAGCAGAGUCUGGAGCAGAUUGCAGAGAAGAUGGAGGGGGCUGUGAGGAUGGCGGGGGACGGGUGGAGAGGGGAGCAGACAAACGCAAGCCUGCUGCUGGAGAAGGUGUGUGACGGCCUUGAGAGUGGUGCGGACUUGACUAUCAGCCGAGACACCUUGCGCGGACCCCUCUUCCAAAUCAUCACACCGAGACAUCACUUUGUGGAGUGCUUGCUGGAUUCGCUGGCCGAGAUGCACCAAUCUCUAAAAUUGGAGUUCUCCCAACACGGUAACACCACUCAGGCUAUCACUGACAUCCUUCAGGCCCUGCCCUUCAAGCCCCAGGAUGAGCUGUACCGCAAAGUUAAGGGGUGUGAGCAGCAGUGCCCUUUCUGUAAAGCCCCUUGCAACACAGGGGAAGGGGAGCACAUGGUGCAUCGCACCCUGCUGCACCGGCCCAAGGGUCUGGUCUCCUACACCUGCGCUGGUUCAUCCUCCCUGUCUCCCACCACCUGCCCCUCUGACAUAGCUGGGGAAAAUCUGUUUUUGAACCGAGACACAGAUGGGAAGUCCUUCCGCUACAAAGACUACCGCUCUGUGUACCCGGACUGGAGCAUCCCUCCAGAGGAACCUGGCAGCGAUGGAGCCGUUGCCUACUGGAGGCAUGUACUGGUGAGGUACAAUGAAAGGUUUGCACAGGAGUAUGGGCGUGAGCCAGCUCAGCUGCUGGAGGCCUGGAGGAACAUCACCCAGGAAGAGGCCAUUCAAAGCCUGAGAGAGGCCUUCCACAUGGAGGAACACUGACAUUGUGGAAAAACUGCCCUCCCCAAAUGCAUUGUCAACAUGCCCACUUCCUGAGGACAGCCGAAACACACAAAAUUCAAGCUGAGCUUAUAAUAUGAUGCACUGCUUAGUAUGAUUGGAAUGAAAAGGAACACA